GCAGUCAUCACCGUGAUAGAUAAGUAAGGCGGUAAAUAUAAUCGCAAAAACUGACGGGUAAGGUAAAGCGCAUUUGUCAAGACAUUUCCUUAUCACUGGGUCCUUGGUUGUGCAUUUUCAGAAAUACGCAGGUCGAGAUGUCCUACAUGCUUUUCUUGAUCUGCGACUCUUCUCCAACUUAGGGUUCUGAGCUAGCCUUCCCGGAUUUGGCAAAAAAGUGCGUCGGACUCGCGUGCCACCCGCAGCACGACCAAAGUGCACCACAAUGGGAGUACAAGGUAUACUCAGCUAAAAAGAUAACCAUUUGCAAGUCCGCAUUAACUCGAGAUGCUUUCGGGAUGCGCGGAUGCCGAAGUGCCCAAUGGAAUGGCAUGACGCGGUCACCAAUGCUGUCCUCAUGACAUUAUUUAGCGAAGCCGGAUCUCUGGUUCUAUGCCUUGAAAACCGCUUCUCCAUAGUAUCAAUCACACUCGCAACAUGUCUCGCUCAAAAGAAGGCUUCCUCUGGACUCCCACCGAAACCACCUCUGGCCUGCCCACAAAUGCAGUGCAAUCGAGCUCCCCGACCCUCCGCGACCGCUAUGACGUGAUCGUCAUCGGUGCCGGAUUCGCAGGCCUCACCGCAGCCCGCGACCUGAGUCAGAAGCACGGUCUGGCCGUUCUCCUGGUGGAAGCCCGUGAUCGUAUCGGCGGGCGCACAUGGACGGCCCGAGUGCUCGGGGAGGAGAUCGAAAUGGGCGGCACCUGGGUGCACUGGAACCAGCCGCAUCUCUACGCCGAGCUGCAUCGGUAUGGACUGCACCUGAACCUGAAGUCCUCGGCAGGGGCCUACGCGCCGCACGAGCAAUUGUUCAAGUCGUCAGGAGGUGUGGUGGAGAAGGUUUCCUCCGAGCAUUACGGGCCGGCACUCGAGCGCGUGGCGCAGAGAGUCUUCGCGAUCGAGGGAUUAGACAGUCGGGCCUUGAUGCCGUAUCCCCAUGACCCGCUGCGGGCACCUUCACCGUGGAAGCGGUACGAUCAUCUCAGUGUCCAGGACCGACUAGACCAACUGACGGACUUGGAUCAAUGGGAGAAGGAGUUGUUCGCGUCCAACAUUAGCACGUUUGGCAGUGCUCCGGCGAAGGAGACAGGGUUCACCGAUGCACUGCGCUGGUUUGCACUCGGGGGCCACAGCAUGGCGGGAGUGUUCGAGCUGGCAGGAAACUACAAGCUAGGACGAGGCGGGAUGACCUCCCUUGCUCGGGCGAUUCUGAGCGAGUAUGUCGGGGACAUUAGUUUUGGCACGGUUGUCGCAGAAGUGAACCAUGAGGCGGAUGAGGUUGAGGUGCGCACGAAGGACGGACGGAGAUUCCGGGCAGACGCAGUCAUCUCGACGAUCCCACUAAACUGUCUCAGCGACGUGCAAUUCAACCCCCCGCUCUCGCAACCUCACCAAACCGCCGUGCGCCAGGGCCACAUCAACCGCGGCGCAAAGAUCCACUUCAAGCUACGUGAAACGCUGCCCGGCUGGUUUUGGACGGCCAAUGAAGCCAGCGACUCGGAGUUCGUCUUUGCGUUCUCGGACCACAACGGCACCCAGCCUUCCGGGCCAUCGGGCACCUGGUGCAUAGGCUUCGGUUACAAUGGGCAGUUGACCCAGAAGACAGACAGUGAGCACAUCGUGCAGAGGUUCAAGCGGGAUAUCAAGCCCGAUGUCACCGUCGAGGCAUACGCGACCCAUGACUGGAUGAACGACCCGUAUGCCAAGGGCGUGUGGGCCUGCUGGGGCCCCAACAGUGCAUCGGCCCAUCUGCAGGAGCUUCAGAAACCGCACGGUCGCAUUCUUUUCGCAAGCGCGGACUGGGCGGAUGGUUGGCGGGGCUUUAUCGAUGGAGCCAUCGAGCGAGGUCAGGUGGCUGUUCGGGAUACUGUGCGGCUGUUGAAGGAGACUUCCACGGUGUCUGCCAAACUGUGACUAAAGAUGUCGUCGCGGGUUUGGGCCUUG